GCAGUAGUGAGAGAUAAACACUCAUUUAUGCAUAUAAGCUGCAAGUCUCCAGUUUCUAUUCUUUCUCCCUCUCUGUUCCCUCCUUCUCCCACUUUGCACCAGGAAAGCUAAACACUGGCGUGGUUUAAGCAGUUUGAGGACUAAUCAGAAAGAGGAAGAAGAAUCGGUAUAUACUGGCUAGCAAACGUGCCAUGCCCUGACCUCUCUCCUCUUGAAAAGCAGCUUUCCUAAAGAGCAGACGCCCUGUGAAUGGAGUGGACCAUCCAGAGGACCCAGAUUUAUUCUGCAGCUCACUAUCCAGGGCUAGCUCUCCAGGAGACUUACACUUUGGAUUUUCUGAAGAUUUGGCUCUUGCUUCAGGGAGCAAACUCGACAGGACCUUAAACUGUGAAGCUUGGAAUCAGCAGCUUGGGCGUACUCUGACGGUCCAACGUAAGAACAGUGGCCACAAUACGAAGGAAACUUUGUGAAGGUACUGCAGUGCCAGAAAGAGGCACCAGGCAAACAUUUCUGGAUAACAUGGAUGGAGCUGAAAAUCUGACAGUAUCUUCUGCCAGUAAUAACACAUGCCAUGGCACGAUCGAUGAGUUCCGUAAUCAAGUGUACUCCACAAUGUACUCUAUGAUCUCUGUUGUGGGUUUCUUUGGCAAUAGCUUUGUGCUCUAUGUCCUCAUAAAAACGUAUCAUGAGAAAUCAGCCUUCCAAGUAUACAUGAUUAAUCUAGCCAUAGCAGAUCUACUGUGUGUAUGUACAUUGCCUCUCCGUGUGGUCUAUUAUGUUCACAAAGGCAAGUGGCUCUUUGGUGAUUUUUUGUGCCGCCUCAGCACCUAUGCCUUGUAUGUUAACCUCUAUUGUAGCAUCUUAUUUAUGACAGCCAUGAGUUUUUUCCGGUGUGUUGCAAUUGUUUUUCCAGUCCAGAACAUUAAUUUGGUUACACAGAAAAAGGCCAGGUUUGUGUGUAUUGGAAUUUGGAUUUUUGUGAUUUUGAUUAGUUCUCCAUUUUUAAUGGUUAAAUCUUACCAAGAUGAAAGGAACAAUACUAAAUGCUUUGAGCCUCCACAGGACAAUCAAGCUAAAAAAUCUGUUUUGGUCUUGCACUAUGUGUCAUUAUUCCUUGGCUUCAUCAUCCCUUUUAUCGUCAUAAUUGUCUGUUAUACAAUGAUCAUUCUGACCUUACUAAAAAAUUCAAUGAAGAAAAACCUACCAAGUCGUAGAAAGGCUAUAGGAAUGAUCAUAGUUGUGACAGCUGCCUUUUUAAUUAGCUUCAUGCCGUAUCAUAUUCAACGAACUAUCCACCUUCACUUUUUAAACAGUGAAACUAGACCCUGUGAUUCUGUCCUGAGGAUGCAGAAGUCAGUGGUCAUAACCUUAUCUCUAGCUGCAUCGAAUUGUUGCUUUGACCCUCUCCUAUAUUUCUUUUCAGGCGGAAACUUUAGGAGAAGACUGUCUACAUUUAGAAAGCAUUCUUUGUCCAGUAUGACAUACAUACCCAAGAAGAAAGCUUCCUUGCCAGAGAAAGGAGAAGAAAUAUGUAAAGAAUAAUUCAAACCCAUCUCCAGUGCAGAACAACAAAAAGAAUUUCCCUAACAAGUAUUUUCCUAAACCACCAUUUUAAAAGUUUUCCAUUAUAACUUAUAAAUUAUUAAAUAUAUCUCAUUUAUAAAUCCUAUCAUUUGAUAUUCUAAUUGUUCAAAAUUCAGUUUAUCACUGUGAACUAACCCAUGGAUUUUUUUUACUAUUCCCCAGAAGGUGGAAAAUAUUUGUGGUUCUGAACUAUAAAACUGAAUAUGAAAUCAAGAUUUUUCCUCUUCAAAUAAAAGGGGUUACAAAGGAUAUGAACUAGAAUUUUGAGUCUAGCUUUCAAAUAUAGCUUUAAAAUUAGCAAAUAGUCAUAGUCAUCCUAACAUAUCCCUUUACAUGCAUGCCAUCAGAUGAGACCUGGAGAUGACCCAGAAGCUACAGAAUUGUACGGUCAGCUUAUUCCUUUGUAGCACUGACUAGUGAGGCAAAGUAGAGCCCUAUCUUCCAGAAGAGAAUUUUCAAGUGCUAGGACAGACCAGUAUUCAGCUAAAUAGCUCUAUAGGCCGCCUGCAGUUUACAAUCUGGAAACUAAAGAAGAUAAGUAUGAUCAAAAGCCAGCUUGUCUCCAAUCCUCUUCUACCCUUGCUUGACUCAAGCCCCCAAUGUUUUUCUUGCUCAUUGAGGUUCCUAUUAGGAAUUCAAUCCCAACCCAACAUAAUCCUUCCUCAAUGAGUUAGACAACUGGCGUUGCCAUAUAUGAGCAAAAACAAUUAAACUUCAUCUGAAAAAAGGCUACCUUUCUACAUGAGUUUUAUUGUAAUCAAAAUUUACUAUAUAAGAUACCAGAAGAAAAAUUUGAAUAUCAGUCAUUCUCUUAAGAAGCGCAUUCAUGUAUAUGUAUAUAAAUAUAUGUAA